AACAAUCAGAUAUACUUCAAAUUCCGGAAGAUAAAUUCCAUGUUCCAAGCUUUUUCAUCUUGAUCCUUGAUUACAAAACAUUAACCAUUAUUUCAUCGAUUCAUGUUUGGAUUACCGUAGGUUUAUCCUAUGAGUAUGCACCCAUCAUCUUAACAGAUGAUGUAAACCACAUCAACGAGCACGACGCACAUUUUUAUACUAAUUCCACAAAGGUCAAGAAAAUAGAAUCCUAUAGUCAAACCUCAGAUGGGUUUGUACUCAAUGUCACAAUUUACGGGUGUCAAUCAAAUUGUGGUUGGUCAUUUAACCUAAAAAUAGAUAAUUCUACAAGUAAAGUUACGCCGGUUGCUAGUAAACAGCUUCCUUAUACCUGUGUGGACGACCCAUCCACGUCGCGAGUUGAUCUGAACACCAAAGUUUUGAGUUUUGGAAAAAUUCCUAAUCCACUUAUCCUUUUUCCUUUAACCUCGCUAUGCAUUAUUGUAAAAAUAAUUACAACAUAG